CCCAUCUUACAUUCGUUACUCCACACAGCCUUAUUCUUUAUUUCUUAUUUGCGCCAUCCCGUGUGCUCACUCGCUCAGUCACCUGCAAGAUUGCAGAAGACUAAACUUUCUCCGAUUCCUCAAACGCCACUAGGUCGAUCCCGCAUGGGCCGCUGCUUGUUCUAUGCGACCUGAUAUUUCAUGGCCGCGAUUUAGUCUCCUCCUUGAGCGUGUUUCUGGCUCGGAGUUCCGCUCGACAGUCUGAUUCGAGACUGGGACAUUGCAUGACUGCAUGUAUUGCUGAAUUUGGAUGUCUAGCGUGGGUUGUGCCGGCUUUACGACUGGUAAAUCCCCCGGAUUUCCCCUUUCUUGCGCAUUGUGUAUUCUCUCGAUCUGCCCUGUCUGGUUGUUCACCCCCUUGUCAUUCUAAGCCCUAACUGGCUCCCUCCUCCCUGUCCACAUCCAUGCAAAAAAAGUGAUGUCCACUCAACCCCCUAUACCACCCCCCUCACAUCCGCAUAUCCCCCUCCCUUGCCAUAUGCCCGAAUUAUCCGCAUGGCCUCCAUUUCGGUUCUCGGAGUAGUUGCUGACGAUGAUCAGCCGACGUGCUGGCUCGGAACUUUGCUGUACACAUGCGAGUCUGCUGUUCGAUGCAAUCUCCAUCCUCCACGCGCUAAACCCCAUCUCGAUCGUGGGAGGGAGCAUUCUGGCAUGCGGGCCCGGGGCAAGAGCUCUGGGCGCGAACCCCUCUCUUCCGGGUCUCGUUGUUCUAGGGCUCGACUAUAAAAAUGUCCCUGACAUUCCAGUAAACACAACGUUGAUCUUUCCCUCGCGCCCCGCGUCUCUGUCAAAGCCAGUCCACAGUCUAGCUUGUCGCGGUAGUCUUUGGACUUUCUUGUCUCUCCUUACUCGCAAUUCUCGCGAUCACUCUUUUUUGCUUCUUCUAUUCUUUGCUUCGGCUUUUUUUCUUGCUAGCAAUUCUAUUCUUGCAUUGAGCAUAUGCUCCUGGGUUGAUCAUUUGGAUCCCGUCCAAUCCUUUCCUUUUUUUUUUUUGUUCGUCUGAACUACCGCCACGAUGCAACUGUGGCAUCUUGGUGCAUUGGUGUCGACUUUCGUCGCCUCCAUUGGAGCCCAGUCGACAUUUUCACCUGCACGACCUCCAGCUCUCCCUUUGGCUGUCAAGUCACCGUAUCUGAGCACCUGGUUGAACGCGGGUAGUGAUGGUGGAAAUGGCGGAUAUCUGGCCGGCGAGUGGCCCGUGUUCUGGGAGAACCAAAUCACUGGAUGGGCUGGCUUGAUUCGCGUCGACAAUGCUACCUAUACUUGGAUGGGUCUGCCCGGCACGACCACUGUCACCCAGACUGCUUUCGAGUACACUUCAACAAAGAGCAUCUUCACCAUGGACGUUGGUGGAAAGGUUGAGAUGAAUAUCACUUUCAUGUCUCCGAUUACUCCCAAUGACUUCAAGCGCCAAUCUCUGGUUUUCUCCUACUUGAAUGUUGAAGUAUCGUCCUUGGAUGGCGAUGAUCAUGAUGUGCAGGUCUAUGCUGAUAUCUCUGCUGAAUGGGUUUCCGGAGACCGGAGUACCACUGCGCAAUGGGAUUAUGGUACAGCCGAUGGGGUUGCAUACCACAGGGUUUACCGAAAGACCCAGCUCGCAUUCUCCGAGAUCAACCAGCAAGCCGAGUGGGGCCACUGGUACUGGGCAACCGAUGUCAACGAUGGCAUGACACACCAGUCUGGUCAAGAUACCGUUGUGCGUGGACAAUUCUCGUCCAAGGGUGCUCUAACCAAUGGAGUGGACACCAACUACCGUGCCAUUAAUAACGCCUGGCCCGUGUUUGGAUUCUCAUCCGAUCUGGGCACCGUUGACUCAGACCCGGUCAGCACGCUAUUCUCUCUGGGUCUGACCCAGGAGCAAGCUAUUCAAUAUGAAGGUUCCUCGGGCUAUGCCCCGGUGCCGUCCCUGUGGAAGAGCUACUUCUCCACGGAUGUAGAUGCGGUAACAUUCUUUCACAAUGAUUUCAGCGUGUCUAGUUCUCUGGCGAGCCAAUUUGAUAGCAAGGUCGCAACGGACUCUGUUGCUGUCGCCGGAGAGGAUUAUCUCACGCUUACUUCCCUUUCGGCCCGCCAGGCGUUCGGUGCAACCCAGCUGUGCGGUACCGAGAACAAGACCUAUCUUUUCCUCAAGGAGAUUUCCUCUGAUGGAAACAUGAACACGGUUGAUGUCGUCUUCCCGGCUUAUCCAAUCUUCCUGUACUCGAAUCCUGAGUUCUUGAAGCUCGUUCUCGACCCCUUGUUUGAGAACCAGGAGGCUGGUUAUUACCCCCAGAGCUACGCCAUGCACGAUCUUGGGUCGAACUAUCCCAACGCCACGGGUCAUAAUGAUGGUAACGACGAGGCAAUGCCUCUAGAGGAGUGUGGAAACAUGAUCAUCAUGACCUUGGCAUAUGCCCAGAAGUCCGGAAACACUGCCUACUUGAGUACUCACUACAAUCUUCUUAAGAAGUGGGUGAGCUACCUCAUUGAUGAGGCCCUGUACCCAGCUAACCAAAUCUCCACCGAUGAUUUUGCUGGAUCUCUGGCCAAUCAAACCAACCUGGCCCUGAAGGGAAUGAUCGGUAUCCAGGCCAUGUCCGUCAUUGCCAAUGAGACCGGCCAUGCAGCCGAUGCUGCCAACUACUCUAGCAUUGCCCAUGACUACAUGAGUAAAUGGCAGACUUUGGCUAUCAACAAGGCCGUGACCCCGGCCCACACUACUCUGUCGUACGGUGAUAGCAGUAGUCACGGUCUUCUCUACAAUCUGUUCGCCGACGCUCAGCUUGGUCUGGACUUGGUGCCCCAAUAUGUCUACCAAAUGCAGAGUGACUUUUACCCGACUGUCGCCGCCAAGUAUGGUGUUCCUUUGGACACUCGUCAUACCUACACCAAGGGUGACUGGGAGUGCUUUGCCGCAGCUGUUGCGUCCGUUGACACUCGGGCCAUGUUCAUCAAAGACCUGGCCACUUGGGUCAACGAGACCCCGACCAACCGGGCCUUGACUGAUCUCUAUGACACUGCAUCUGGAAAUUACCCGGCUAACACCUUUGUCGCCCGCCCUGUCGUGGGUGGUUCCUUCGCACCUCUCCUCGUCCCCCAGUAAACGAGGCCUACCUUCGCUGAUUGUGAAUGCAUUCUUAUAUACUUAUUUUUAUUUAAAACUUCACGCGCCCUCUUUUAGCUUCUAACUCGAUGAAGUCACUUUUGAGCCGAAUCAAGCUACAGUCGAGCGCCUACCCGAGGGAGGCCGGACUAUGACGCCUUACUCGUCAUCCACUCGCUUUGUCCUGAUACUACAAGCGUGCCAUUUCUCUUGCUGUGCGCUCUGAUACCCAUCCAUUGAGCUGUCGAGCUGUGUUGAUGGUUGUGCGUUGCAUAUUUGUAUUGACGUUUUUGCAUGGAGAUGGGCUGCGCUGGAGAUUGUGGGGAAUUUGUGUAUACAUACCUACCUCGUUCGCUCCGUUCCUAUUACGUCAUUAUUUGGA